UCACAGGCAUAUUGAAGUGAGUGUGUGUGUGUGUGUGAGAGAGAGAGAGAGAGAGAGAGAGAGAGAGAGAGAGAGAGAGAGAGAGAGAGAUGGAAGUGGUGCAAGUACUUCACAUGAACAAAGGGGAAGGAGAGACAAGCUAUGCAAAGAAUUCGAGUCCACAGCGAGAAAUAAUAUCGAUUGCAAACUCUAUAGUAGAGGAAGCAGUAGUAGGAAUCUUAUGCACUAACUUUCCUGAGAGCCUCGGCGUUGCGGAUCUGGGCUGCUCAUCAGGGCCCAACACCUUCAUAAUAACAUCGGAGAUAAUCGAUAUUGUUCACGCGACAAGUUGUCGUUUGGGCCACCCAGUUCCGGAGUUGCGGGUUUCUUUGAACGAUCUCCCGGGAAACGACUUCAAUUUCAUAUUCAAAGCGUUGCCGGAAUUUUACAAGAAGUUGAAGGAAGAGAAAGGUGGUGGUUUCGACCGGUGUUUUGUUUCCGGCGUGCCAGGUUCUUUCUAUGGGAGACUUUUUCCUAGCAAGAGUCUGCACUUUGUCCACUCGUCUUCUAGUCUGCAUUGGCUCUCUCAGAUUCCACCAGGUUUGGACAGCAGGGAGGGCAUACCAUUAAACAAAGGGAAACUGUAUCUUUCCGAAACAAGCCCAGUUCGUGUGGUGGAGGCAUACUUAUCACAGUUCCACAAGGACUUCUCCCUCUUCCUCAAGUCACGAGCCGAGGAAAUGGUCCCCGGCGGACGCAUGGUGUUGUCGUUCAUGGGUAGGAGAGAUAUUCACCCCACCACUCAACAAAGUUGUUUCCAGUGGGAGCUCUUAGCACUAGCUCUGAUGAGCUUGGCUUCAGAGGGUCUGGUUGAAGAGGAAACGAUUGAUUCUUUCAACGCCCCCUACUAUGCCCCCUGCCCAGAAGAAGUAAAAUUCGAGGUUCAAACAGACGGGUCCUUUCUAAUAGACCGUCUGGAGACAUUUGAAUUUUACUGGGAGGACCAGAUGAGGACUGAGUUUGAGGAACUUUCGAGCGGGCAACGAGUUGCAAAGACUAUCAGGGCCGUGGUCGAGUCGAUGCUCGAGUGUCAUUUCGGGAGGGAGAUACUGGAUGUCCUGUUUCGGAGAUAUGGCGAAAUCGUGGACGAUCACUUGUCCAGAAACAGAGCCAUGUAUGUUGAUUUGGUCGUCUCUCUGAUUAGAAUGGGGUAAUUGAUUGGAAUGGAAAGAGAAGAGAGAUCCUCAAGUUUGCAAAGCAGAAAAUCAGUAAACAAACCUACAGUGUAUUUUUUUAAUAACUCAAGUGUCCGGGCCAAAUUAUAUUGUAUGUUUGAAGCAUAAAUAAGAAUUUCCCGUAUGAGAAAAAAAAAUGAUAAGGAAGAAAAA